UGUACUGUGUGCUAUAAAAGCUGUGACAGUCAACUGUGUUUGUUGCAAACAAAUGCUCAGGUGUCAUCAAGCAACCAGGAAGAUCAGACUUCAUCCAAGCAGCAUGACUUUCUCCUUCUGUGUCCCUCUGCUGGCUGUGCUGCUGCAGCCUGCUCUGUCUCUCUAUAACUGCUCGGCUAAGUAUGAAAGAAACCCAAUCAACUCUGACAUGGUGGUUAAAUGUGGCCCCAGUAUAAUAACCCUGGAGGUUAACCUGUGCACAGCUCAAUGGGCUGGUUUUAACAACACCAACCUGGCUCUCAAUGGAAACCACAACAACACAAAAUGCAUGGGCAUUGCUGAUACCAGUGUGGACCCUCCCGUCGUCCGUUACCAGCUUCCUGUUAACGACACUCAAAAUAAUCCUUGUCGACAGUCUCUGCAGAUUGUAGAUGAAAAGCCAGACGCUGCAGGCCCCUUCAGUGGCUUCUCAUCUAUCCAAUCAGUCAUCAUAACAGGAUACAUUGAUACGCCCAGAGCUGACCAGGGGAUAAUAAGCUACUCUACAGAUCUGUAUUAUCAUUUCUCCUGUCGCUAUCCAUUGGAAUAUCUCAUUAACAACACAGAGAUUGUUGCCUCCUCUGUCUCAGUGGCGACCAGUGAGAAUAAUGGCACCUUCAUUGACUCCCUUAAAAUGGCUGUUUUUAAUGACUCUGAUUUCUCCUACCCAUUAAUCCCACCGCCAGCAGGGCUGAUGCUGCGAACAAAAGUCUAUGUGGAGGUCAAGGCCAUCAACCUCACAGGAAAUUUCAACUUGCUACUGGAUCACUGUUUUGCAACACCGAGUCUCUACAACAUGUCUCAGACUGAGCAGUACAACUUUUUCACGGGCUGCACGGUGGAACAAAGGACGAGUGUAAUGGUCAACGGCAUUUCGAACGUUGCCCGAUUUAAUUUCGAGGCCUUCCGCUUUGUCCAGCACCGGGACCUGGCAAAGUCCACCAUCUACCUGCACUGCAUACUGAGACUCUGUGAGCCAACCAAAUGCCUGGACCUGCUGUCCAAUUGUAAUAGAAGAAGAAAACGCUCGGUGUCUCCUUUUGGACAAGAAACCCGUGACUCAGCCACCGUCACAGUUGGACCUCUGUAUACUGCUCAAGAAGACACGCCUAUUUCUGCUGGAUAUGCUAAUAAUGUGGCUUCAGGAAAGGAAAACGUGAACACUACUGGCCUGGUGGUUGGGGUGGUGUUUGGAUCAGCUGCUGCAGUCAUGAUGGUUCUUGGUGGUUGGUUUGCUCUCAAGAAAUUUUACUUGAUUUAAGGAAUACAGAAAGUCUUGUACUUGUCACAUUUAAGUCUCUCUGGAGCAUUGAUAGAGCAUAAAAAUCUGACCAAAUAGAAAUGACCACUGGCAUUUAAAACCACACUACUGCUUUAGGAUCUUUUGUGUCUUUGUGUAUCUACACAUUUAGUAAUCACCUCCAGGUUAUGAAGAAAUCGGGUGUCGUAGUUUUGGAAAAUAGCUUUAUUGUUUGCACUGUUUUAAAAAGUACAAGUUACAUUAGUAAAACUUAUAUUUGUCAAACUGCUUAUUUACAAUACUAUGUACAGAUAUUCAGAUUUCACUGAAAGAAAUUCUGAGCUAAUAUAAACAUUCAGUGUCUGUCUAUAAUAAAGAUUAAUAAAAAGUAUUCUUUCCGUUUUGCA